AUUUUAGUCACAAAUCAUCUGUUUUAGUAAAAAAAUUACGGUCGAGCCGGUAGGGAUGAGCCCGGCAGUUACCCUGUCGAAACCAUAAAGCUACAGCUCAGCGAUCCAGCCGCGUCCGUUCUAGAAACCUCGCGGCGUGACCUAUUAGAAAGGAUCGGAACCUUCCAGAACCCGCUGGAAACUUCUCGCCCUCACCCCAACCUAUCCCAACCACAAAAUCCCCAUUUCUAGACCAUUCCUUCCUUUCCUGUGGAACCAAACCGCAUCCCCUUCCGUCUCCUCUCCCCAGAGCAGAGCGCCACCAGAACCAUCGCCCUCAACCAACUCAUUAAUGGCAUCGCCGGCGCUGGGGGCGGGGACGCCGCCGUUCCUCACCAAGACGUACGCGAUGGUGGACGACCCGGAGACCGACGACACCAUCUCCUGGAACGAGUCCGGCACGGCCUUCGUCGUGUGGCGCCGCGCCGAGUUCGAGCGCGACCUCCUCCCCAAGAACUUCAAGCACAGCAACUUCGCUUCCUUCGUCCGCCAGCUCAACACCUACGGAUUCAGGAAGAUAGGUCUUGAUAGGUGGGAGUUCGCCAACGAGUGUUUCAGGAAAGGGGAGAAGCAGCUGCUCGGGGCGAUACAGAGGCGGAAGGGAUCUGGCGCCGGCGCCCCGGCGCCCGCGAUGAUGGCGACGCCGAUUGCGACGGCGAUUCCGAUCUCGCCCACGCCGACGAGCUCCGGCGGGGACCCCGCGGUCUCGUCGUCGCCGCCGCCUGGGCUGGCGCUGGUGGCGACCGGCGCGAUGGCCCUGCUGGAGGAGGAGAACGCGCGGCUGCGGCGCGAGAACGCGAGGCUGGCGCGGGAGCUCGCGCGCGCGCGCCGCGUUUGCGACGGCGUGCGGCACCUCGUCUGGCGGUAUGACCAAGGUGGGGAAGAAGUGGGGGUGGAGGACGAGAGGCACGGCGCCGCGGGCGGGAAGCCGAUGCUAUUCGGCGUCGCGAUAGGGAGCAAGAGGUCGCGGGAGGACGGGCACGAGGGAGGGGAUGAGGAAAAUGGGGCAGAGGAGGACGGCGAAGACGACGAGGAGGAGCAAGAACACAACGACGAUGACGACGAGAGGCACGCCGCGCGGCGAGAACAGGGGAAGUCUAUGAGGACGGAGCGGUCGGAUCUGAAUGUGCUCUCGCUGUCCGUGCGGGCGGCGGCGGCGGCGAGGCCUGACGGGGGCUCCAGGCUCGCGUGAUCGUAGCGGAAAGCACUAGGAUCUGAUCUGAAUCGUGUAACACUCUAUCUUGACAUGACAUGAAUUGCAUUGCUGGGUAGCACAAUGUCAACCUGUCAUAUUGAUUAUUGUAGAAUCAGCCAAGGAAUGUAGAACAACUGGUAGAUUGUUUGGUACUUAGGACCUGUUUGAUUUCCAUGUAGACCUAAGACCGGGAAAAUGGGAAGAAUUGAAUGUCAUGGUUUAUUGUA